AUCAGUCUAGGCGUAAUAAAAUGAGAGGACCAAAAAAGCAAAGAAUUAUACGCCUAACUAUUGUUAGCAUCAUUCUAACUUUUUUGGGGGGUUCUUAUCAGAUAGUUAAACAGGAUUUUAGGGAAGAAGUUGAUGUCAAGGAAGCAUACGAUGUCAAGAAAGAGGUUGGUGUCGAGGAAAGAUUGAAUUUCAACGAGUUCGAUGUUAAAAAGGAAUCUAAUGUCAAGACAGUACCUCAGAGAAAAGUUCCUGAAGUAAAAGAAAACCCUUCUGUAGGCACCUUCAAAAAUGAUUUUAGGGAAGAAGUUGAUACCAAGAAAGCGUACGAUAAGAAAGAGGUCCAGGUCGAGGAAAUGUUGAAUUCCAACAAAGAGCCCAAUGUUAAAAGGGAGUCUGACGCGGGAACUCAAAUAAAAGUUGCUGAAGUAAAAGAAAAACCUUCUGUAGACACCAUUAAAAAUACAGAUAAAUGGAUAAUAGUUACAAGUAUAGCAUCCCCUACAGAGGAUAUAAAAAGUUUGGCAACAUUGUCAGAAUGGCAACUACUAGUUGUUGCUGACACAAAGACUCCAAAAGACUGGCAUUUGAAUGGGGUUAUAUUUCUUAGUAUAGCUGUGCAGCAAUCUCUUGGCUACAAGGUCCUAGAACAUAUACCAUAUUCAAACUAUGCCCGCAAGACUAUAGGACAUCUAUAUGCAAUUCAGCAUGGUGCCAAAGUUAUUUAUGAAACGGAUGAUGACAACCAUCCAACUGAUGGCCUCAGGGGUUUCAUAACUACUAGCAAGAUGUAUGGCGUUGUACCAUCAACAAACACGACUGUUCUGAACGCUUACGCUUACUAUGGACAGCCGACGACAUGGCCCAGAGGUUACCCAUUGGACAAAAUCGGGGACAGUAUUUCGAGCGAGUACAAUGCAGUGAACUGGAAUACACCACUGAUACAACAAGGAGCUGUUAAUGGUGAUCCAGAUGUAGAUGCCAUCUAUAGACUAACCCGUAAAUCAAAUUCCAAAUUAUUAAAUUUAACUUACGAUGGUUUCAUGCCGCCUUUGUUUUAUCCAAAAGGUACAUUUGUUCCUUUUAAUUCCCAGAAUACUUUGUGGCAUUAUGAUGCAUUCUGGGGUCUCAUGCUGCCAAUGACCUUGACAUUACGUGUAACUGACAUUUGGAGAAGUUACUUCACACAGACCCUACUUUGGCUUAUUGAUGGUCAUUUAAGUUAUAUGCCCCCUAAUUGCUACCAGUUCAGGAAUUAUCAUUCUUACAUAUUGGAUGCGCAAGAUGAAGGAAAGCUGUACAACCAAGCCAGUGAACUCAUCACGUUUUUAUCUACUUGGAAAUGUAAAUCAAAUAGCCUUUCUAUGUGUAUGCAAAUAUUAGCAGAUGCUAUGGCGCACAAAGGAUUUUGGGAAACUGCCGAUGUUAAGCAAGUAGGCGCAUGGUUGCAAGACCUUGUUACUAUUGGAUACAAGUUUCCGGCUAUUACUACAGAACAAUAUGACGAACCCGUUGACUUUCCAAUCACUCUUCAGUCUGAUAAUCGAUUCCCCGUGUCUGUUCCCUCAGAUUCAAAACUGCUUUAUAUUGGAGCGAAAAAAUCCAAGAUCAAAAAUCUUCACUACAACACAUGCAAUAGCUACAGAUACGAGUCUCCCAAAUCUAGCCAGAGCGAUAAACAUCAACUGACACAACCAAUCCCAAUUUUGUUGCUGGUUAUAUUCAAUACGCCACAUUAUGAGAGUAUUCCAUACUUAGAGGAACUUUAUGAUGGUCAUUUUGCAAAGACACUAUACUGCGGUCCGGAAAUGCCACACAAAGCUAUCCUUCAUGAAUGGGAAAUAAAUUUUGUUACAUUUAAGCAAGCAGGUGAGCUUCCGGGUAGCUACAACUAUGAGUGUUUACUGAAGGUUCUCAAACUAGGAUUGAGAGUGAAAGGUAUCUUAACUAUCGCUGAUGACGCAAUCAUGAAAGUUAAAGCAAUCACCAAGCUACCUUUAGAUGAGGUAUGGUUUAAUCCGAUAAAUUUUUACUCAGAGAGGGAAUUUUCAAAAAUUGCUGAAGACACCUCGAAAAUUGAUCUAAAAGAGCCAUUUAUACUUAAAAACAACAAGGACAAGAUCGCAUCAGUGGAACAUGGCAAAAUUUCACUUUGCAACAUUUCAAACUUGCAGGGCAAAUGUGAAAUCACCAACCGUAACACACGACUCAUGAAGUAUGAAAUGAACAUUAAACAUGCAUUUGACGAGCUUUACCAAUUACAGAAUUCAAGCAAAGUUAUUCAAUCAUUUCUUGUUGGUCUCUCUAAACACCUUUUCGGUAAGAAAAGGAUAAUAUGGCAACCUUCAGAUGUGUUUUACAUACCACAGAAACAUUUUGAAAUGGCAGUACCCAUUGUGGAUGUCUUCUACAGACAUGAGGUAUUCCUUGAGUAUGCAGUUCCAACUAUACUGCACUCAUUAGGAGUUAAGUACAGCAACAUGGCCAUGGCUGCAUAUAACUGGAAUUAUGGUGGAAUACGUGAUAAGCCAUGGAUAGUAUUCUCAUCAUUUUUGAACAGUUCGCUUACAUUCCUUCAUCCUGUUAAAUUAAGUGGAAUAGUGAAAAACAAUAGUGAUAUCACUAAAAUUUUCUGUGAUGCUAUGAAUAGCAAGCACUUUGUGCAUCCUUUUGGAAACGAAUCCUCAAGUUAAAGUCUCAGUAAAGUCUUCAGUGCAACAAUAAACUAGAGAUGGA